AUGUGGUUCAACAAAGGGUAUACAUCAAUCGAAAUGCUGAACCUUCGUACUGUACUUUCUCAAGAGGAGUUAGUUGAACAAGUCUUGUCACAUAAAGAAUUUUACAACAACACACAAAAUGUUGAAUCACGUAGAAUUGAUCCAAAUAUUGCUGGCACAGAUGACGAUUUGUUAGGUCAGCUUGGUUAUAAACAAGAGUUGAAACGUCAUUUUUCAACGUUUCAAUGUUUUGGUGUUGCCUUUUCCAUUAUGGGAUUAUUACCAAGUAUUGCUUCUAUUUUUUCACAAGGUAUAAUUGCUGGUCCCGCUGGGUUCUUAUGGGGAUGGGUUAUUUCCUCACUUUUAAUUCUUACUUUGGGUAUUUCAAUGUCUAUUUCUGGUUCCUCUAUGUCCACGAGUGGUGGAUUAUACUAUUGGACAAAUUAUUACUCCCCUCCAAGAUUUAAAACUGUCAUCUCAUACUUAAUCGGAAAUACAAACUCUAUUGCUUUAAUUGGUGGGUUUUGUUCAGUGGUGUAUGGGUUUGCAAUUCAAGUCUAUUCCAUUGUUGUGAUUGCAAGAGAUGGCGAUUUCGAAAUCACUCAACCAAAGAUAUACGGUGUUUUUGUUGCAGCAGUUAUUGGUCAAGUUGCAAUGACUUGUUUAUCCAGUAAAAACUGUGCCCAUCUUCAGACAGUCUCAGUCGUAGCCAAUGUUUUUAUCAUUAUUGUUUACAUUAUUGCUAUGCUUGUCGGUGCUAGAGGCAAAUAUAAACCAGCUUCUUAUGUUUUCGGGGAGUUUGAUAAUUUGUCAGAGUGGCCAAUUGGAUGGACUCAAGUUUCUGCUGGGUGGCUUCCUGCUAUUUGGACCAUUGGUGCAUUUGACAGUGUUAUUCAUCAAUCAGAAGAGGUUCAUAAUGCUGGUAGAGUUAUACCAAUUGGUAUUUUAGGUUCAAUUACUGCGUGUGGUUCAUUGGGUACUAUUAUUAUCAUUGUCACUUUAUUUUGUAUACAAACUGAUGAUAUUGAAGGACACAUUCUUGGAUCCAAGUAUGGUCAACCGAUUGCACAAAUUAUAUUUGAUGUAUUGGGUAAAAGAUGGGCACUUUUCUUUAUGACAUUUAUGCUGAUUUGUCAAUUUCUUAUGGCUUCAUCUAUCCUUACUGCCAUUUCUCGUCAAAUCUGGGCAUUCAGUAGAGAUAAUGGGUUACCAUUUAGUUUUUGGGUCAAACGUGUUAACAAGACUUUAUAUACUCCUAUCAAUGCAGUUAUAUUUGGUGGUGUUGGUGCUGUAAUUAUGGGAUUGCUUGUUUUGAUUGGUCUUGUUGCUGCAAAUGCUUUGUUUUCACUUUAUAUCGCUGGUAAUUACUUAGCAUGGACAACUCCUACUUUCCUCAGAUUGGUAUUUGGCCGCAAGCUUUUCGUCCCUGGAAAGUUCUACUUGGGUAAAGUGUUUUCACCAAUUAUCGAAUGGAUCUCUGUUCUUUUUGGUGUAUACACCAUUAUAAUGGUUAAUUUUCCUGCUUCACCACAUGUUGAUAAAAAUACCAUGAAUUAUACUUGUGUUAUAACUCCUGCUGUGAUUAUCUUAUCAUACAUUUACUAUAUGGUGUAUCUGAGAAAACAUUAUCAUGGACCAUGUAAGACCGUUGAUGUUGAACAUCAACUUGAAAUAUUAGAAGGUGUAGAGUCCGAAUCAGAUGGUGUUGAAAGACAACAUGAACAAGUUGGUAAAAGUGAAAAGUCCUAG